AUGGGCCCAUCUGAAAACCAAACACCAAAUAACAAUGAAGAUGAACAUCACCAACACAGCCAGUACAUGGCAAGAUCUACUGGUCCUAGGGCAUCAUUUGCCUCUGCAAGGACAACUUCGACUUCAACAACAUUAACGUCUGCUUUAAUGGGACCACAGCCGAAUAAUGAAAUGUAUUCAGGCGCCACUUUUGAAACCGUGCCAAGUUCCAUAGUCUCAUUUCAUCAUCCGCAAUCUUUUCAAUCAAGUAACAUCUUUGGAACAUCUUUGACAUCUAGCUCUAUUGGAAGGAGGGGAAGAACUUCUGCAGAUAUCGACAGGGAAACAGAUUCUGCGCCGUUAAUUUCGCCUUCUAGAGAAAUAUCUCGUAGCCCAUCAAGAAACCCACGAUUCAAUUUCUUCACAGAAGAUCAAAUCAAUAGUGCCGAAGGAACUUCUACUUUGGAAAAUACGGACUUUAAUACCCCUUGGGAUGCAACUCCUUCAUACGAACAAGAUAAAAUUUAUGCAUCCUCGGAAUUAAAUUCAAGACGAUCGUCAAUAUACAGCAAUUUUUCAAGAAGACCAUCAUUAUCGCAUUCAAGAAACCAUGACUUUCAUGAAAAUACGUCAGAAUAUGGUACUUCAAGUUAUCAUGGUGUGCCGUUAACAAGAAUCUCAAAGACUCGUGACGAUACACAUAAUUAUGAACAAGAACAACAGCACACAAUGCAUCCGCCGGAAGUUUACCAAGCAUCCACACAUUCUUCCUCAAGUUUAUCACGAUAUACCAUAGCUGACAGAAUCCCAGUGGAACUAGAAGAACAAAACGAUGAACUCAUGGAUGGGACCAGAUCCCCAACGCAUUCAUUAUCUGAAUCAAAUAGUGACCGUUCAUUCCAAGAAAGUACAGAUGGUGGGAAUAAUUUCGGUACAGAAAGUGAAACCCAUAGUCAUCAUAAGAAACAAGCAUAUCAAAGUUCCUCAGGUACAGACUCUCAAAAUGAAUAUUUGAAACCAAAAUAUCAUGAAAAAUUAUAUCCAAAUCAUCCAACUGAUUUGUAUUAUCAACGGUUUUAUAUCGCUGAAGAGGACUUGGUUGUCGGGAUUGCUGGCUAUAAGACUUCAAAAAUUAGGAAGCAAGUUUAUAAUUUAUUCUGUAUCUUAACGGGUGGCUUACUCUAUCUUUUAUUCCGUUGGUUGCCAACUUACAAAGUUCUAUUCAUUGGUAGUAAAGUCCCAUUAGGUAGAGCAGAAUGGGUUAUACUAGAAAAUGAAUUCGGGGAUUUUGAUAUUCAAAGUAUUGACAGGCGGUGGUAUAAUAGGCCAAUUAGUACAUUGUUGCCAAUAGAUGAUAAAGAACAAGAAAAUAAUGACGAAGUUUAUAAUCGUCAUCACUACCAUCAUUAUCAUCAUGUUAAUGAAAAUAAUCCAAAUAUACCGAUUCUAAUAUCCUUCAAAUACAGGUAUAUCACGUUUAUUUAUUCCCCUGUUGGUGAUAUGUUUAAAACUAAUAAUAAUUGGGUAGAUCCGGAUUGGGUUGAUGUACCUUCAGUACUUCGAGGCUUAUCGAGCGCUGUUCAAGAAGAUCGAGUAUUAGCAUUCGACAAAAAUCAAAUCAAUUUGGAAGUUAAAACCAUAUCAGAACUUUUAUUUAAUGAAGUUUUACAUCCAUUUUACAUUUUUCAAAUAUUUUCUAUUAUUUUAUGGAGUUUAGAUGAAUACUAUUAUUACGCCGGUUGUAUUUUCCUAAUUUCUAUCCUUUCUAUAAUGGAUACAUUAAUAGAAACGAGAAAAACACAAGAGAGUCUUGCGCAGAUGUCCCAUUUCAGUUGUGAAAUCCGUGUCUUUAGAGAUGAAUUUUGGACUACCAUAAAUUCUGCAGAUUUAGUCCCAGGUGAUAUUUAUGAAAUUUCAGAUCCAUCAUUGACGAUUUUCCCAUGUGAUUCAAUAUUAUUAUCAGGUGACUGUAUAGUUAAUGAAUCGAUGUUGACUGGGGAGUCAGUUCCAGUUUCAAAGAGUCCAGCAUCACAAGACACUCUGUAUCAAUUAAUUGAUGAUUUCCAAAAUGUUCAAAUUUCAAACUUUGUUUCUAAAUCUUUCCUAUUUAAUGGUACAGGAAUUAUAAGGGCACGUAUCCCGCAUGGUCAAUCUGCUGCAUUAGCCAUGGUAGUUCGUACAGGAUUCUCGACUACCAAAGGUUCUUUAGUUAGAUCAAUGGUCUUUCCUAGACCUACUGGCUUCAAAUUUUACCAAGAUUCUUUCAAAUAUAUCGGGGUCAUGGCUAUAAUCGCCUUAUUUGGGUUUUCUAUUAGUUGUAUUGAAUUUAUCAAGAUUGGAUUGGACAAAAGAACAAUGAUAUUAAGAGCUCUGGAUAUCAUCACUAUUGUUGUUCCACCGGCAUUACCUGCAACUUUGACCAUAGGUACCGGAUUUUCCUUAGCAAGAUUGAAGAAAAAGGGUAUUUUUUGUAUUUCUCCAACAAGAGUAAAUAUUGGUGGGAAAAUCGACAUUAUGUGCUUUGAUAAAACCGGUACAAUGACAGAAAAUGGGUUGGAUGUCCUUGGUGUGCAACUUUCUAAACCGAUUUCCCAUAAUGAGUUUAAAUUUGGUGAAUUUGUUCAAGACGUGCACCAAUUAUUUUCCAAGAUUUCUUUAAACGAUUGCAACUCUGCACAAGAUUAUAGAGCAAGAAAUUUCUUCAUGUCGUUAUUGACAUGUCAUUCUCUUAGAAUGGUUGAUGAUGAAUUAAUAGGUGAUCCACUAGAUUUCAAAAUGUUCCAAUUUACUGGAUGGUCUUAUGAAGAAAACUUUCAAAACAAACAAUUUCAUUCAACUUACGAAGAAAGGCGUAAAACUCCAACUUUACCAGAAAAUAUCGAUAUCAUUCCAGUAGUAGUACAUCCUAACGGGAAGGAUCCGAAAAAUAUUUUUAUUGACAAUGAUCCACAUAAUUUCCUGGGUAUUGUUAGAAGUUUUGAGUUCUUAGCAGAAUUAAGGAGGAUGAGUGUUAUUGUGAAACCAAAUAGUGAUGAUGUUUAUUGGAGUUUUACCAAGGGUGCGCCAGAAAUUAUUGCUGAAAUUUGUAAUAAAGCCACGUUACCAUCUGACUUUGAAGACACUUUACAAUAUUAUACACACAAUGGUUACAGGGUUAUUGCAUGUGCGGGAAAGGUACUACCGAAGAACACAUGGUUGUAUUCGCAAAAAAUUAGUAGAGAAGAAGUUGAAUCGGGUCUGGAAUUUCUUGGGUUUAUUGUUUUCGAAAAUAAAUUAAAACCUUCCACUAGAGAUACUUUGGAUGUGUUACAAGAUGCAAACAUACGAACGGUUAUGUGUACCGGUGAUAAUGUGUUAACUGCAGUUUCUGUGGCAAGACAGUCAGGAUUAGUCAAGGCAAACCAUGUUUAUGUUCCUAUGCUGACAGAUGCCGUUCUAGAGGAUGAGAUUCCAAUACUAUGGAGAGAAGUUGAUGAUCAAGACAAUAUUUUAGAUGGACGGACGUUAAAGCCAAUUGAUUCAUUUAGCGAUUAUACUUUGGCAAUCACAGGUGAUAUUUUUAGGCUUAUUUUCAGUGGUGGCUCAGAUAUUCCUGAAGCAUAUAUCAGUGAGGUUUUAUUAAAAGGUUCCGUGUAUGCCAGAAUGUCACCAGAUGAAAAACAUGAAUUGAUGGAACAGCUACAAAAGUUGGAUUAUACUGUUGGGUUCUGUGGUGACGGUGCUAAUGAUUGUGGGGCUUUGAAGGCGGCUGAUGUUGGUAUUUCAUUAUCUGAAGCUGAAGCGUCAGUCGCCGCUCCUUUCACAUCAAAAAUAUUUGAAAUCAGUUGUGUUCUUGAUGUUAUCAAAGAAGGUCGUGCAUGUUUAGUAACAUCCUUUUCAUGCUUUCAAUAUAUGAGUCUCUAUUCUGCCAUUCAGUUUAUUACCAUUACUAUUCUUUAUAGUCGUGGAUCGAACUUAGGAGAUUUCCAAUUCCUUUACAUCGAUUUGUUAUUAAUUAUUCCAAUUGCAAUUUUCAUGUCCUGGUCAAAGCCUUAUGAUAAAAUUGUUAAGAAAAGGCCGUCAGCAAAUUUGAUUUCUGCUAAGAUUCUCGUACCAUUGUUAGCUAGUAUAAUCAUCAUUCUUCUCUUUCAAGUGAUUCCUUGGCAAAUAGUCCAGAAAAUGGGAUGGUAUUUGAAACCAGUAGUUGGUGGGGAUGAUUUGGUUGAAUCGUCAGAUAAUACAAUUCUAUUUUAUAUUUCGAACUUUCAAUAUAUUUUGACUGCAAUUGUACUUUCAGUAGGCCGUCCUUAUCGAGAACCAAUGUCAAAAAACCACGGUUUUAUUAUCGACAUAACAGUUUCUCUGUUACUAAAUCUAUGCUUAAUGUUUAUGGAUCCUCACUCGUAUCUGGGGAAAAAAUUUCAGUUGACCCCUGUGUCUACUCGUUUUAAGCUUUUCAUUGUUGUUUGGGCAUUGUUAAAUUAUUACGUCCAGUUAUAUAUACCGACAUCCUUAAAGAAAUAUUUCAAGAAAAGGAAAAGUGGUAAAAAGUAUAAAAACAUUCUUCAAGAAAAGAGCAUGUCCUUUGUCGUUUAA